AUGGAUAGGAUAAGUCAAUUGCCGGAUGCGCUACUCUUGAGAAUACUGUCACUAUUGCCUGCUGCUAAAGAUGCUGUGUCCACAAUGGUUCUGUCAAAACGAUGGCAGCCUCUUUGGAAGUUGGUGCCAAGACUUGUGUACGACGAUAGCUAUCAAAACCAAGAUCAUGGAAAGUUUUCGCGGUUUGUGGAUAGGUCUUUGAUUCUGCACGAGGCACCAGUAGAAACUUUGCAUUUCAAAGUUAUUCACAAAUCCGGUGUUGCUGAUGUUGGAGUAUGGACAUCAAUCGCACUAAACGCUGCGUGCGGGGCCUGA